GGGGCGAGACUGUCAGGGAAAGGCAAAUGAAGGAGUAAGCAAGAUUGUGCCUGCAAACAUAGAUUCAUCCUGUCAGAGUAGAGCUGACAAUAAAAGAAGGAAGGCAUGGUUGCAGAAAAACUGGAAGAGGAAGCAAGGAGAGAGUGAGGAAAAGCAAACCAUCAGCAGCCAAUCUUGGCCACCUUAUCUUUUCCAUCUAUACACGGAAACCACUGGAUAAUUUAUAAGCCUCUCCCUCUCACUCUGUCUGAGUGUGUAUUUGUGAGAGAGAGGGGGGAUUUGCUGAGCUCACCACCACCAUGCUGUAUCCUGCUGCUGUUAGUGCAGCUGCUGCGGCUGUGUGGCUGCUGGCAGUGCUGGGCCUGGGCCUGUCUCUUCCAGCUGAGCACAGCUCAGAGUCAGACUUCACCCUCUGCAGCGACUGCUUCUACAGACAGACGCCUCCUCAGGGAGCCUCUGCAGGGCCGCUGCUGCACCCACUCUGCCACAGACUGCCCGGGGGACAGGCGUUUGCCACUCUGUCCAGACCGACCUGUGACACAGCUGUCUACUCUGCCUUCCAUCUCAGCCAUGGAGGGACACAGAGGGAAGAAGAGGAAGGGGAAGACCUUCUGACAGAGAAAGAAGAGGACCACAUCAAAGUAGGAGUCCCAGCUCUUCUCAAAGGAGACAGGGAUUCAUCUCAUCUAGUCUCACCCACAGAGUCCCCUCUUCAACAAUGGGACUCAACAGUCACAGGACUGGUAACAUCAAGCAUCAGCCCCAAGUGCAGCACAUUAGGGGGUGAUAUUUACAUCCUGUUGGGGGCAGGAAGACUUGGGGCAACUGAGGAUGGAAAUGAGUGUCACACGACACCACUGUGGUCUGCACUGUGCUGCGCUUAUCCAGAGGGGAAAGGAGGCUUCAGUGUGGGGUUAAUCAAAGAGACAGGAGAGGAGGAGAGACAAGUGAGCAUAAAGGAGGUGGAGGAGAUGCUAGGAGUUACACAGCUGUUCUUUGAAGGCUGUGGAGGAGGAGAAGGGGAGACGAUUGCAAUCAGAGAGAGCCUUCACAGUAAGGGGCUUUCUAGAAAUACAGAAAAAAUAGAGGAACAUGCUACAAAUGUGGAUUCCGGAAAUGCUGAGUUGGAGACAAAUAAAGACGUAACAGAAAGAAGCGAAUCCUGCGAACAGUCGGCUGAUGUUGAUGUUUGCUCAGAUAAAGCUGACGUUUCCAGGCUUCCACAAGGAACCACAACAGAUGCUUCCCUGAGCAGCAGUGAUUUAUCCCAUGAUGACCAAGAAACUGGUAAAGAAGAGGACACAGACUCAGAUUCCACCAGCGCUCUGAACUUCAUCCUGUCCACCACCUUGUCCAUCCUCAAAGUUCCUCUGCGACCUGUCUUCUCCACCAUCACACAGUUACCCGAACAGGUGACCUACGUUCUUCAGGAGGAACUUGGAGUUCUUGCUGCCCUGCCUGGAAAUACCUUCGAUCUGGUUCACCUUUUCACCUCUGACAUCUUGUCUUACAUGGGAUCAGCAGCAGAAAUGUUGCUAGGAAUCAGCGAGACAUGCUUCUCUAGUGUUUACUACUGCUCCUCCUCAAUGCUGGGGGCCUUGCUGAACAGCUGCCAUACUGGCUGCACAGGCGUGGGUACACUGGCUGGAGACACAGUAGGAAUAUUUGGGGACGCACUGGAAAACACCUGGUCAGUGACCAAGUUCUUUGGGGGGCGGCUGUAUGAGCAAUGUGAGGGCUAUGUGGGAACAGUGAUAUCAGAGAUGGGCGGACAAGCAGAAGCUGUGGGUCAGGGUUUUGGGGGGUUAGUGUGGAGAAGUGGGAAUGGAGUGGGCAAUGUUUUCAGGCUUGGAGGGGGGUUAAUUAUGAUGAUGGUGGAUGUAGUCACUGGCGAUGUAAGAGAAGCUUUUGGACUGGAGUCAGAAUGAAGGAUGAAAAGAGCCAUGGAGUAACUCUCUUUGUUUUAUGUUCCAUAAAUUUCUUUGGCACAUGAAAAAAAUAACAGAUAUUUGAAGCUGAUGUCAUUUGAUAUGCCUAAAUUGUUAAAGAAGGAUUUACAGAUUUUUUUUUUCAACCAGAUGUAGUUACUUUCAAAUGUCAUACACUGUAGUUCUUACCUGCCACUGUGGAAAGCUGUCUUCUCAAAUAAUCUGCUGUAGCUGAAAUUUGUGAUUGAAAUGAUAAAUUAAAACCAAACACUGUGCACAAAAUGCUUUUGGAUGGAAUUGCUCAAGACAACUUGUGUGAUAACUGCUGCGUCUUUACAUUUAAAUAAAAAUGCUGCUUUUUACCAUG